GGGAGGAGGGAAGGAGGAAAGCCAAGGGAACCCACAGGUUCUGGUCUCUUGGGAAAGGGCAGCAAGGGGUUGUGUUUAACCCACCCCACUCACCACCCUCAUUUUUGGGUCUUCACCUGGUUUUUGUGAUCAGAACUGAGCAGCAGCAGGAAGCCCAGUCACCCCUCCAUGGACAAGGAAGACUUUGCCCGCUUGCUGCCCCCGGGGACCUUGGAGGCCCUGGCAGAUUCCUGGUUACGGGAGGACUGCCCCGGCUUCGACUAUGCCGCCCUGGUGGCGGGAGCGGCCCCUUCCCAAGCCGUACUGUGGGCCAAGUCUCCCGGGGUGCUGGCUGGGAGGCCGUUCUUUGACGCCGUCUUCUCCCGGCUAGACUGCCAGGUGACCUGGUUCCUCCCUGAAGGUUCCCACCUGGUGCCCGUCGCCCGCGUGGCCGAAGUCCGGGGCCCCGCUCACCGCCUGCUCCUGGGCGAGCGGGUGGCCCUCAACGCUCUGGCCCGCUGCAGCGGGGUGGCCAGCGCUGCUGCAGCCGCUGUGGAAACGGCCCGGGCCGCGUGCUGGAAGGGGCAUGUGGCCGGGACCAGGAAGACCACGCCGGGCUUCCGCCUGGCAGAGAAGUAUGGGCUGCUGGUGGGGGGCGCUGCGGCUCACCGCUAUGACCUGGGGGGGCUGGUGAUGGUGAAGGACAACCACGUCAUGGCCGCUGGUGGUGUGGAAAAGGCUGUCCAAAGGGCUCACAAGGCUGGAGACUUUGCCCUGAAGUUGGAAGUUGAAUGCAGCAGCCUACAGGAGGCACUGAAGGCUGCCCAGGCAGGUGCUGACCUUGUCUUGCUGGACAACUUCUCCCCUGAGAUGCUGCACCCCACAGCAGCAGCAGUGAAGGCGAAGUUCCCAGGGGUUGGGGUGGAGGCAAGUGGGGGCAUCACCUUACAAAAUCUUCCCCAGUUCUGCGGACCUCAUGUUGAUGUCAUCUCUUUGGGGGCCUUGACCCAGGCAGCCUCUGUGGUCGACUUUUCCCUCAAGUUGUUUGCAAAAAGUGGGUCCCUGAAGAGCUCUGAGGCAGAUCUCCACGAGACAGAAAAGAUGUAAGGAAGGAGGGUAAUAAACUUGUUUAUGUCUGAUGCUCAAA